AUGUCACCGAAGACUCUGUCCACGAUUGCACUUCCUCUCUCGUUGCGACCACCAAUUCCUCCUGACUUUGUAGGUCCAGCUCAGACUCGAGCGGUCAUGGCGCACUCGCAGCAUCCAAGGAAUCACCUGUCGCGAUGUAUCCCGAAGUCUCAAAAUCUACUCCUGGCGGCCAUAAUCGCCGUUUCAGUGGUAGACUCGGUACUCCUCGGCUACGACAGUAGUCUGAUGGGCAGCCUGAAUGUAAUGCCAACAUACACCAACUACUUCUCCUUGAUCACAGCAACCAAGUCCCUGAAUACGGCGAUCUCAUAUGUUGGCGGAUCGUGCUCGGCCGUUGUCGCUGGCUUUGUGAUAGACUGGAUCGGACGAAGAAAAAGCAUCUACCUGUCUGCCGGCCUGACAUUGAUUGGCGCUGUCAUUCAAGCAGCCGCCCAGAACAUUGGAAUGUUCAUUGCUGGCCGAUUCAUAGUCAGCUCUGGCCUCGGGUUUGCGCAGACAGCAUGCCCGACAUACGUGGCAGAGACUGCUCCAUUCAAACACAGACCCCUUGCUCUAGGCCUUUACUACGCAUGCUGGGGCGUCGGCACACUUCUAGCUUCGGGAGUCUGUUAUUCAACUCAACACUACUCCUCGACGUGGGCAUGGAGGACUCCUAGCUUGGUCCAGAUCGUGCCGAGCAUCCUCUGCUUCAUUGUCUUGAUCUUCCUCCCGGAGUCACCUCGAUGGCUCAUAGACCAGGAUCGCCAUGACGAAGCAUUGGAAGUGCUCGCCAUGGUCAACGCUCAUGGAGAUAAAAACGACCCGGUCGUUCUUGUCCAGUAUCGAGAGAUUAGCGACACCAUCGCUUUCGAAAAGAGUCGAGAGCUGUCGUUCCUCUAG